AUGACAAAAAAAUUAUCACUUGUAAAGAGAUUAAAGGAAGAGAGGGCGCGUUUUGAUGAUAGAAACCCUGCCUUGGAUCGCGCUCUGAAACUUCACAAGGAGGCUGAUGCGAUUCAAACAAAGAUACGAAUGUGGACGACCUUAAAACUAGCCGAAGGAGCUAGUUCCAACUUUCGUUCUGCCGCAGAACUGGAGAUUUACGAAGCCGAGGCCCGCGCGGAAGAAAAUCGUUUCAAAAAGGAAAAAAACCGACGCAAGCUUGUGGAGGAGCUACGGAGGUUAGAGACUCGCAUUGAAAAAAUUGUGAAUCUCAAAAAUGAGGCUGCUGCGCGGCAAGAUGCAGACGUCGCGUCACAGAUCCGGCAGAUCCUACUACGGCUCCAGUCUCGUUUAAAACAAUAUCAGGAGGUAGUAAAUUCAUCCACGGCGCCAUCUUCACAACAGUCUACCGAACGUUCUGCGUCGACGGCCAAGGUUUCUAUCGACAGCAAGGCUGACAAACGGUCCAGUCUAACCGCUCUUGAAAAAGAUGCUUCUGACCUCCUUUUACGGAUCGAAGAACUACAACUUGUCCGCAAAGCGGCCAGGGCCCACCACGACCAUAAAGGGGUGCGGGCAGCCACCAAAGCACUCAAGCGAGCAAGAGAGAUGUUGGAUGAAUGCCGGUCUGAUGUUGCUACCCUAAGGACUGCACUCGUUGGCGUGAGCGAGACUGCCUGGUGCGGUUGCUGAAGCUAGAAAUGUGUAACGAUGAUUUACAUGAUGUCGCUCCAUAGUUCGACAAGGAUAGCAGUUUUUUUUUGUUAGAAUUUACUGUUAACAUU